AUGCCAGGCUGCUCAGGGGCUGAAGGUUCUGGGCAGGCGCUGCUCCAAGUGCCAGAUGGCCCCCCGGAGUUGCCCUUCAUCGGAAACGUCCUUAGGCUCAAUGCGGGCAUCCAUGUGGCUUCACAGCAGCUGAUCUCGGAGUAUGGUUCGAUCUUCACUGUUCGCUUUCCUUCAGGCAUGGUGACCAGUGGCACAGGGGCCCUAGGCAGCGGACAGCGAACCGUGAUUCUUGCCGACCCAGAGCUGAUUGGUGACAUGUUCUCGAAAGAGGAGGACUUUGGAAAACUAACCUUCAAGCACUGCCCCGAGAUCCGCGGUCCCUUUGGGGCGAGCCUCUUCACCACGGACGAUGAUGAACCCAUCUACCAUCAAGCAGCCAGAGUUAUCCGCCCCGCUUUUGCCGAGCGCUGCUUGAGGGAUGGCUUCUUUGACAAGAUCGUGCAAUGCUCAGAGCAGCUACGCUCUGAGCUGCUCAGGACUGGUGGAGCCCUUCCGCUCGAUUUCCACGCGCUCAUGAGUCAGUAUGCCUUGGAAGUGCUUGGGCAUGCGGCCUUUGGCCUGGAGCUUGGUUGCUUUGAUGGCGGCAUUGGACAGGAUUUCUUGGAGGCGCUCCAUGGGAUCGCAGAGAUCUCCGUCCGCCAAGCUGGACAGUCCAGCUUUAACUCGGUCCAGAGGGCCUUGGCCCGGAUCACGGGUGACAGCAGGGCCAUUCCUGUGCUCAAGGCGCGCAUGGACCGAGUUGUGGCAGAAAUCGUGAGGCGAAAGACGGGGCAGAUGGCCUCUCGCGAAGCAGGAGCCGGCGAUGCAGGCCUUGGCAGCUGCCCUUUUUCAAAGAAGGCGGGUUCCAUGGCUGCGUGCCCCAUGAAGGAUGUCAUGGAGCGCAUGAUGACGGAAGCCGAUCCCAAGACUGGGGAGCAGCUGCCUGAAGACAACGUGGAGGCCCAGCUCCUCACACUGCUGGUAGCUGGUCACGAGAGCACGUCUACUGCCAUGACGAUGCUCUUCUAUCACGUCGCCAUGAAUCCACAUGUGGAGCAGAGGCUCUUGCAGGAGAUACGCUCGGUUGUGGGUGAUGGGCCUCUCAAGUAUGAGCAUCUGGCCCAGCUGAAGUAUGUCUACCAAGUCGUGAAGGAGAACUUGCGCAUCAACACGCCAUCCUCACGGUUCAUGAAGACCAGCCCGCCGGAUCGCUCGGUGAGCCUUGGCCCAUACGUCAUCCCUCCGGGCACAGACAUCGUGGUGCCUACCUGGGGUCUGCACCACAAUGCGAAGGUGUGGCCUGAGCCCGAGAAGUUCGAUCCUGACCGCUUCUCGGAGGAGAACUCCGCGAGCCGCUCCCCGUAUUCUUUCCUGCCCUUCAGCUACGGGAAGCGCGGUUGCAUGGGCGCCCAGUUCUCACUGCUGCAGCAGCGGGUCACCCUCAUCGAGACAAUCAGGAACUUCCACCUGCGUGUGGACCCAUCGACCCACGUCACCUGGUGUGAGCCUCUGAAGGGCGAGAUGAUCCCGCACGGCAUCAAGCUUCAGGUGACCGGCCGUCUUGGGCAUGAUGGCCAGGGUGCUAGCGCCGGCGUCAGCGCAGGUGCCAGCGGUGCUAAAGAAGGCACCUUAAGUGGAAAUUCGGCUGGAGCUUCCGAUGCCGGAAAGCUCCUGAUGCCAACAUGGGAUUCUGCGUGCGAAGGCCUGCUGCGUGGCAGGGACCUGCUCAUCCUUCACGGCUCCAACAUGGGCACCUGCGAAGACUUCGCGGAUCGCUUGCUCGCCACCUGUGAGGGUCUCGGUAUGAGAUGCCGGAGAGCUGCGUUGGACGACGUGGUCGGUGCUGACUUCUCUCGAGUCGGAGCUCGUGUUGAGCUUCCUAAGGAGGGCAUGGUGGCCGUGAUCUCAAGCACCUACAAUGGGAAAGCUCCUGACAAUGCUGUCCGCUUUGAGCAAUGGCUUCAGACAGCAGACGCCGCUGCUGCGAUCCCUGGUCUACACGUCGCCUGCUUCGGAUGUGGGAACAAGCAGUGGGCUGGCACCUACAUGGCGUUUCCUCGGCGCAUUGAGUCGAAUCUCUUGAAGCUGGGCGCAAAGAUGCUGACAGAAAUGGGCGAAGGAGAUGCGGACUCGGGCCAGGCAGAAUCGGCGUUUGUUUCCUGGAAGCUUGCGCUGGCUGCCUCCAUCUGCAAAGCCCAGGGCAUCCGGAUCCCGCUGGCCAUCCGGGAAUCUCUGAACCCAAGCGCUCCGAGCUUCGAGGUCGUGCUGCACCUGGGCAAGGAAGCGAGAGACAUCGAGGGCGUGGACGCAACGCAGAUCUUGGAAGACGCGCUGGCGCGGGCCAAGGGCAGCUUCUUGAAGAACUGCCGGGCGUGGGUCACGCAGGUGAGCCUGAACAGAGAGCUCCUCACGGACGAGGCGGUAGCUCAGGGGCGUUCCACCCGCCAUAUCGAGGUGGACUUGCCCGAAGGUCAUGGCUACAGAGCCGGUGACCAUCUCGGGGUAUGGGGUGCCAAUCCGGAUGAGGUGGUAGCAGCUCACAUGGACUACUUCCGUUUGCCUCAUGAUUCCGUUGUCUCUCUGUCUCUGCUCCGGCAGUCUGAUGCAUCAUGCCUGGUGCCACUGCAGCGCAAGACGGACGUCUGGAGCACGCUUGCUUACUGCUUCGAUCUGCAGCAGCCCGCAAGCAUGGCGCAGAUCGAAGUUCUCGCUCCUCUGGCUGUUUGCCCGGCAGAGAGAGCUGACUUGGAGCAACUUUCCAGCGAUGCUGGAUGUCAUGCGGCAAAGGUCCUGGCAGGCAAGCGCACGCUGUUGGAGAUUCUCACAGCUUACGGCUCCGUGAAGCUUCCGUUCGGGAAGUUCCUGGGAAUGCUGCCCGCGAUGAAGCCCAGGUUCUACUCCAUUUCAUCGUCUCCGAUCAAGUGUCCGAACAGCUUAAGCAUCACGGUGAGUGUAGUGACAGGCACUACGCCAUCCGGCAGGAAGCACAUUGGAGUCUGCUCGAACCACCUCAAAGAGCAGCCCCGAUUGCGCCCGGCAAGUGUAGGCUUGCCAGCUGAUGCUGAGCAUUACAUGCCACUGAUCCUGUUCGUGAAAGAUUCUGGCGAACUCUUCAGGUUGCCAGAGCCCAACGUGCCAGUCAUCCUGGUGGGGCCCGGCACAGGCGUCGCUCCCAUGCGCGGCUUCCUACAAGAGCGUGCUGCGCAGGGGGCCAGAGAAAACAUCUUGUUCUUUGGCUGCCGUGACCGGCACGAGUUCCUUUACCAGAGUGAAUUGGAGGAGUUGCAAGCUUCCGGAUACCUGAAGCUGUUUGUUGCGCUUUCCAGGGAGCCUUCGGUACCCAAGACGUACGUUCAGAACCUCAUCGAGCAAGAAAGCGAUCUGGUAGUUGAUUUCUUGCAGCGAGGCGCACGCAUCUACGUGUGUGGGGACGCCUCCAGGAUGGCGCCAGAGGUUCGCGCCACAUUCCAGCGUGUUGCAGAGAAGAUCGGAUUGGGCGACUCCUUUGUGGCAUCGAUGGUGAAGCAAGGCCGCUACUGCGAAGACGUCUGGGCCUGA